CGCCAGAGCAAAAGAUACUUUCAACAAUUUUUUACUCACAGUUUUAACUCUUUUUAUUUAUUUUUGUUUAUUUCUUCAUCACUAUCUUCGCUGCGCGGCGGUUGUUUGUGGUGCAACUUUAUAGAGGUAAAGCAGAUGAUAUUCAUUCCUCGGAUCGGUUAGUAUGAAUCAGUUAGUCGCACCGAACAGACUAAAAGAUACAAACCUAUCUAAAAUUUACUGGGUUUUUCUCGAGAGCAAAAAAAAAGUUUGAACACAAUUUUUUCUUCCGUUUGAUUGCGGGAAUUCGUGUAUUUUCGGUUUUCUAUUCGGUGAUUUUUUAUAAGAUACAAAAUUAUCUGAAGUGAAAAAGAUACAGUAUCUAAGUGUGAAGGGUGGUAUCUUGUUGUGCGUUUUGAAAAUGCUUUCCAUGGAUUUCAAAUGAAAACCUUUUGUUAAAAAAAUAUAUAAAUCAAGUGAAAUAAAUUAAAAUUCCCCUGAAAUUUUCUCAAGCCCCGUGAAUCUAGAAACCACAAAAAAACACAAACACUUUUCUACAUUUGUUUAGAAAAAAAAAAAAAAAUGGAUUCAAAACAUACAGAGCACCAUUCGAAGCCAAUUCUCAGCCCAACUCGAUCCCUCGACGAAGGUUUCGAAAGCGAUCCGGAUCGCAUAUCCACAGACUCUGAACAGAUUCUACCACCCCAUCAUAACCAGAAGCAGCAUCAACAGCAAAAGCAACAACUUCAACACCAACAUCAACAACAACAGCAUCACUUAUCAUCCCCUUCGUCUUCGCCCAAAAAUGACAACCGCAUCGGAUCAAUGUCCUUGGCCCAACUGUCAUCCGCCUCGAACGCUUUAUCAUAUGAACCAUCAAAUCGAGUUGACAAACUUCAACAUCACCAUCAACAUUCUUCAACUUCAGCUUCAGCAGCAAACAAUCUUCUGCAUCAUCAUCUUCAUCAUAAUCAUCAUGAUGUCCCACAACUGCGUGCUCAGAUUUCACGCCGCAACCGCCAAGGUGAUAUAAUGGAAUCGGAGAAAUACUUCAAAGACAACAUCAGGCCAACUUCAUUGACGUCGUUGGACAGCAAAUUGGCGGCAUUACAACGCGCCACCAGCAACAGUAACAGCAACAGCAGCAGCAAUUUCAAUCCCAGCCCAAUGACAGCAGCCUCUCCCUUGGCUGCAUCAGGAUCAGCAUCAUCAUCAUCGUCGUCGUCAUCGCCACCCACCAUCUCCUCUGCCAAUGCCACUCCUGGCAAUCGACUCCAGUACCAAUAUCAGAAGAAUCGCCAAGGAACGCACAGCACGAAUAAUCGAUUUAACGCCAGUAACGUCGGCUAUCGACGUUCGCGGACACGCGCCCUAGCACCGGCCAUCAUUAAGACAUCUUCAUUUCCAUCAUCAGCGCCAACUCCAUCAUUAUCGUCGGCAUCUGCGGCUUCGGCUGCGACUGCCAAUGGAGCUGGGGGUGCGGCGUCGUCAUCGGCAUCGCUAUCGUCAUUGUCGGCGGUUGGUAAUAUUGCCCCCUCAGGCGGUAAUGGCCCAACAAGUCUGCCUACGUCGAUUAACGCGGUUACUCCUGCAAGCGCCAGCGCUGUGGGUGGUGGCGUUCCACCAAUGAUGAUGAUUCCGGUCGGUUCGAGUUCUCGAUCGCAUUCCAUGGACGCAAUUAGGCAACGCGAAGGCUUGUUGCUAAAGCACGAGCCAGUUGUGGCGCUCUACAAAGGCACCACUGACCGGCUCUUGAGCUACAAUAAAUUCACAAAAUUCACCCCCGCCCUCGGAGGAAGCCAAAGUCAAAACAUGCCAUUAUCCCAAACAAUCUUGCUACAACCCUUGUCCAGUUCCUCCCUCCUCGCACCAUCCUCCUCCUCCUCAUCCACCUCAUCGUCCACUUCGAAUCUCAUCGAGCUUCGAUCGAAUCACUUGAUGGCAUCCACAAACAGCCUAUACACAUUCUAUCCGGCUGAAGGGAAUCUACAGGUUUGGAAGUCUGAAUACGGAGACCUCACAUACAAAUCCAGUCGCAAUCAGCAGUCACACAAAGCUCCGGUCUGUUGGACACAAUCUAUACCAAGGCAGGCAAGACGUUACAUUACCCCAUCUAACCAGCAUCAAAUCACAACAACUGGUGGCAAUAGCCUAGUCUACCCAACAGCGACAGGCCAAGUGUUUCGCCUUCAUCCUGCGUCAGCAACAAUUUCCGGUACCGGAAUAACACCACACCAAUCGAAUUUCAAUUCCACCAAUGGAUCGUCGUCAUCAUCAGCAUUAUCGUCUGCUGCAACAAAUGGCAAUGGCAAUGGAAUCAGCAGCAAUGGCAAUAGCAACAACAACAACAGCACUGGAAGCAACAGUGGCAGUGGCAGCAACGGCGGCGGAGGUGGUAGUGGUGGAGGAUUUUCACAGAAGCUGCGUGUUUUAGCCGCUUCGGCUGGCUUAAUGUCUCUCAAGCCACGACAGCCAUUGAAACCGGUGAUUAAGACACGAGGAUCACCGGGACCAGAGUUUCCCAAGAAAGUAACAUUCAGUGCGUUUGCAACUGUGCAAGUUGUUUAGAAGACAUACACCAACAACAACAACGACUACGAGUAUUUUGGUCUUGGUUGUUUUGUUUUUCUAUUUCUUUGCAAACAAAAAAAGGCCUUUCGUGGUUUUGUUUUCAAGCGAAAUGCCACGCAUUGACUUUUAGGAUAAGUUUUCUCUUUAAGAAAUAACUUCACGUCAUGUGUUAUUAUUUUGACCUGCGGGUUAGCAGCAUUCCCAAAAAAAAAAACAAGAAAAUGUAAAUUAAAUUAAAUAAUAUAACAUAUAAAUGCCAAUUGCCCGGAAGCAAUUAAAUGCCAUUGCUGAAGGAGUUUCACCCAUCAGCUCCCUCAACCCAAACCUAACCAAGUCCAAACUUAGACUAGAAAAACUUACAAUUAUUUUUUGGUUGCUUUGAAACAAAUUACAAAGAAAAGCAUACAAAAAAGACAUACAUAUAAAGCUCGAAGACUUGCUUUCUAUAUUCGAAGCAAAAUAUAAAAAGUAAAUUGUCGUUAAACCAACAUGGCCAUAGUGGCCAUUUUUAACAGGAAGCUUAUCAUGAUGUCCGUCUGUCCUUUAAUGAAAUAGGAUGACAUAAAAAUCGUAUACGAACGAAUGUUGUAUUUUUAUACUUUUUGCGAAAAUAAAAAUUAUUACAUUGGAAUCAAAGUUUCAAACCAAAUUUUGACAACUCAAUUUGACAGUUCUUACAAGUGAUCAAUCACUGUUCUGGAUUCAAUAUUUAAAUGCAACAAGUCUCCCAAAAUAGUUUAUUUUAAAACCUUUUAGAGAAUUCUCGUUUGUCUAACUCUAACUCUUUCUUCAAUUAUGCUGAUAGAAACAAUACAUGCAUUUUUACAUUUGACAUUACUUGCUUUGAGAACGCACGAAUUUUCUGUGCCAAGCUAAAAUUCCUGUAAUGAAACUUUUUCAAACUGUUUGAGUUUAUUCUGAUCCCAAAUAAAAAGUGUCAAUCAAUCAAAAUUCAUGAUCAGGUAAAUAAAUCUUUUGAAGUGUCACUUUUGACGUUUCUAACGAAUUUUAAUUGAACUGUCAUUAUUACGGAGAUCUAUUUCACAAUUAAUUUUAUCUCAUGUUCUGAUUUGAUAAAUACUGUUUGACAUUUAUUUAUAACAUAUGGAGAAACAAUCUCGAAACCCAAACCAAUUUCUGUCAGGUAUAAAGAAAAUGAUUUGUUUAUUGAAGUAAGAACUUUGACAUAAAAACUGGGGAUGUUUGAUUUCUCAUAAAAAGUGCAAAUAAUAAAAAAUAUCCACACAAUAAACGUCAGGAAAAUUCGAUUUUUAUUUUAUUAGACCACAAACUUUUUUGCGUUGUAUGACAUUUUGAAUAAGUUCUACAAAUUUAAAAAGCAUAAUGAAAGUUUGACAUCUAUCAACUUGUAUAUGUCACUUUCGUAAUUUUCUUUUGCUACACGAAAUUAUGGAAAAUUAUAAAUAUUUUUAAAAAAAUAUAUUGUUUGCUUGUAUAGUCAUUAGAUUAUAGUUUUUGUUUUCUGUUUAAUUGGAAAAAUAUAUGUCUUAUAUUUUUGUCUCCAAAAUUUUCUUUAAAAAAAAACAUACCUAGUAAAAGUCUGCCUUAUUUUAGUCGCUAAAUAUAAUUGAUUAAACUUAUAAUUAAAAAAUUAUAAAAUACUAUGUUUUACUCUUUUAAUUUUGUUUUUGUUUUUAGUUUUGUUAAUAUUUGUUUUUUUAUUUUGUUUUACAUAAUUUUAUUUUAUCUUUUAUUCUAUGUAAAUAGCCAAACUAUAUGAAAAUAAGGACAAGCAAAUCAAAUGCGGAAAAAGUUGAAUAUUAAAUAUUAUAUGUAUAUUUAAAAAAAUGUAUAUUCAUUUUUAACCGACAUAAUAUGCCACUGUGCAAUAAAUAUUAUCAAACUACACAAAUAAAUAAAAUAUACAUUUAUUUUAAACUAUUAAAUACA